UUCACACCUUCCACCUACUCGUCGACACUUCACGGGCGCGUGUGGUUCGACCUUUAAACAACAACCAUUACCGCCACCAUUCUUCAGGCAUCCCAUCUUCUUUACAACAGCUGCCAUUCCGACACAGCGCCGUUCACAACGCACGGCCCCGCGACUGCCUUCGGCCGCUGACCUUUACCCUCUUCACCGGACGGCUGCAUCAGGCACCCUCCCGCUACCGCAUUUGCGCCUGAACCACCACGCGCGCAAGCUUCUUCUUCCCGCUUUGUCACUCUCAAUUCCUCUUCACCUUCCUUUCGAGCUCGCGCACCUCGACUCCCCACACGCGCCAUGUCCGACAUGGCUGCCAAAGCCAGCUCGCGCCCAGCGCCACCCAUACCGACCUCCAAGGACGACAUCAACGGCACCUGGAACUUCCUCGAGUGGGGCGUCGACCGAAUACUUUUCAACCUCAGCGAUGGCGUUGAUCUCAAGACGUACAUGUCGCUGUACACCAGCAUCCACAACUUCUGCACUGCCCAAAAGGCGGUAGGCAUGGGCGCCCAGAGCAAUCUUAACUCGAAUCACCGAGGCGCACAUCUGCUUGGAGAAGAUCUCUACCAUCGGCUGAAUGAGCACCUCAAACAGCAUCUUGCGGCAGUCCACGCUGAAAUGGUCAAGCACACUGACGAGGCGCUCCUCACAUACUACAUCAAAGAAUGGAAGCGCUACACGCAGGCGGGCAUGUACAACAACCACCUCUUCCGCUAUCUGAACCGACAUUGGGUUAAGCGUGAGAUGGACGAGGGCAAGAAAGACGUCUACGACAUCUACACUCUGCAUCUGGUUCGAUGGAAGGAAGACAUGUUUGGAACCACGCAGAACGCCGUUAUGGAUGCCGUGCUGCGACUUGUUGAGAAGCAGCGCAACGGCGAAACUAUCGAACAGUCCAAGAUCAAGGAUGUGGUCAACUCGUUCGUCUCUCUGGGUAUCGAUGAGGCCGACAGCACCAAGACAACCCUCGACGUGUACCGCACAUACUUCGAGAAGCCAUACCUCGAUGCGACGGAGAAAUACUACGAAAAGGAGUCACAACAGUUCUUGGCUGAGAACUCCGUGGUCGACUAUAUGAAGAAGGCUGAGCGGAGACUGGACGAGGAGAAGGAGCGUGUCCCUCUCUACCUCCUGCCGGAGAUAAUGGGUCCACUGAUGAAAACUUGCGAGCAAGCUCUCAUUGCCAAGCAUGCAUCUACGCUCCGUGAUGAGUUCCAGUUGCUGCUGAACAAUGACCGCGAAGAUGACAUGGCCCGCAUGUAUAAGCUUCUUGCACGCAUUCCGGACGGUCUUGAUCCACUGCGCAACAGAUUUGAGCUGCAUGUGCGGCAAGCAGGUCACCUCGCUGUCGAGAAGGUCGCAGGACAGGGCGACAGCCUCGACCCUAAGGCGUAUGUGGAUGCUCUGCUCGAAGUUCACACUCAGUAUGCUGCACUAGUCCAAAAAGCUUUCGCUGGCGAGUCCGAGUUUGUACGGUCUCUUGACAACGCCUGCCGAGAAUAUGUCAACCGCAACAAAGUCUGCGAGAAGAACUCCAGCAAGUCCCCAGAGCUGUUGGCCAAGCACUCCGACAAUGUGCUCAAGAAGAGCACCAAAGCUACCGAGGAGGACAACAUGGAGAAGCUGCUCGACCAAUGCAUGACAAUCUUCAAGUAUGUCGAAGACAAGGACGUUUUCCAGAAAUUCUACUCCCGUCACCUUGCCAAGCGUCUCGUCAACGGCACAUCGGCAUCUGGCGACGCUGAGACUAGCAUGAUCUCCAAGUUGAAGGAUGCUUCUGGCUUCGAGUACACGAACAAGUUGCAGCGCAUGUUCCAGGAUGUCCAGACUUCCAAGGAUCUCAACAACGCAUACGAGGAGUGGCGUGCUCAGACCAUUGAUAAGGAGGACAGGAAAGAUGAAGUUGAUGCCACAUACCAAAUUUUGGGUACUGGAUCAUGGCCGCUCCAGCCCCCAACCUCACCUUUCGCUCCGCCCGAAGUUAUUGUCAAGACCUACGAGCGCUUCCAAACCUUUUACAGCAACAAGCACGGUGGCCGCAAGCUUUCCUGGCUGUGGCACUUGUGCAAGGGUGAGAUCCGCGCCAACUACGCCAAGAUGAACAAGGUACCCUACACAUUCUCGGUAUCUACAUACCAAAUGGCGAUCCUGCUCAUGUUCAACGACAAUGAUACAGUCACCUACGACGACAUUGCCGAAAUCACUUCAUUGGCGAAGGAAACGCUUGACCCUUCAAUCGCAAUCAUGAUCAAGGCCAAGGUCCUUACUGCCAGCCCGGAAGGCGCCCCACCUCAGAGCGGAACUUCUUACUCUCUCAACUAUGGUUUCAAGAAUAAGAAGCUUAAGGUCAACCUCAACAUUGCUAUCAAGUCCGAGCAGAAGCAGGAAGUCGAAGAUACUCACAAGACGAUCGAAGAGGACAGGAAGAUGCUCAUGCAGUCUGCUAUCGUGCGAAUCAUGAAGUCACGAAAGACUAUGAAGCACAGCCAGCUCGUUUCGGAGACGAUCGGCCAGAUCAAGAACCGAUUCUCGCCAAAGGUCUCAGACAUCAAGAAGUGCAUUGACAUCCUGAUCGAGAAAGAGUAUCUCGAGCGUCUCGAUGGUGACGAUCUUGGCUAUCUUGCCUAAGUCAUACAUCUUCAAAAAAAUAAAACCACCUGUAUAGGUAAGUAUCACAGCGGCGUUACGGACGGUGCGGCAGGGACUACGGUCUCUUGAUAUACGGUAGCAUGAGGGACGACGAUUGGUUGGGCUUAGCAAGGCGUGGGCGUUCUCAUUUCAUCUCGCAUUGGGCCAUGAUUGCUGCGUGACGAUAGCAGCGGAGGACGAACCUACGUAUAGAGCAUGAGCAUGAGACAUACGCGAGCAAUGAAGCUUGAAUGAUACAAUGUCCGUCUUCCUUAUUCGCCUGCAAUUGAGUGAAUGUGG